AUGGCCGACGAACGCCAGCGUCAGAUGUCGCUCAUACCAUACACCUCCGAUUCUCAGGAAAUUGUCUUACGUCGCGGUAAUGCGGUAGUUGUCUUCGAUCCAGAGUCGCGACAAUUGUCGUUACGCGGAAACCCACAGACGGCCGUCGGAGGCCUUGACCUUCAACAAUGUCCAUACUGCCAUCGCCCUUUGAGCGAUAACGCGGAACCGCACCAGUAUGAGUCCGAGGACGAGGCGGCUGCCGCGCAUAACCAAAAUGCCUUUGUUAACCCGGACUACUUUCGGAUGCUUGCACAUAGUAUACCCAACUCAGCAACAACCUCCAGGCCUGCUUCACCACUGAAGCAGCUUCCAGACUUACUGCCUGGUAGUUCCAGAAAAGCAGAUACUCCAACUGGUGCAGAGUUUGUUGGCAGUGCUCCUUCACCUGGCACAACCAACCAGGGCAUCAAAGAUGAUAGCUUCCUACCAAACUACUUCAAACAUUUCUUCGUCGAGAAACGUGAACUAGGUCGAGGUGGUCGUGGAGUUGUCCUUUUGGUUGAGCACUUCCUGGACAAGGUUUUCCUGGGAGAAUUUGCCUGCAAACGAAUCCCAGUCGGCAAUGAUCAUGGCUGGCUAGAGAAGGUUCUGAUUGAGGUGCAACUGCUUCAAAGGCUCACCCAUCCGAAUUUGGUGUCUUAUCAUCACGUCUGGUUGGAAGAUGCGCAAAUCACCAAUUUUGGGCCAAGUGUCCCAUGCAUCUUCAUCCUGCAGCAGUACUGUAACUCAGGAGACUUGCACAACUAUGUCCUUGGCUCGACACACACUACGAGUCCAACCGAAGUUUUGAAAGAGCGCAUGAGAAGACGAUCAAAGGGGUUGGCAGAGCGACCGAUCAAUCUAGGAGGUCGCACUAUGAACUUCGAUGAGAUCUUUUCCUUCUUUCGCGACAUCACAUCCGGACUGCAUCAUCUGCACACCAACGGCUACAUUCAUCGAGAUCUCAAGCCAUCAAACUGUCUCCUACACAAUGACGGCCAGAAAGUGUCGGUUCAUGUUUCGGAUUUCGGUGAAGUACAGGCUGCCAACGAGCAACGAACUUCCACUGGCGCAACAGGCACGAUAUCUUAUUGCGCUCCUGAGGUUUUGCGCAGACAAGGCUCAGGAUUUGGCGAAUUUACGACCAAAUCAGACAUCUUUUCGUUGGGCAUGAUUGUCUACUUCAUGUGCUUUGGUCGACUACCUUAUCAAAAUGCGGAUGCCGUUAACGAUGGAAAUGAGGAUCUUGACAAGCUACGUGCUGAAGUUUCGGCCUGGCAUGGAUUUGAUGACGUGACGAGAGCCAGGAAAGACCUGCCAGAUAAACUCUACAAGUUUUUGAAGAGAUUGUUGAGUCCCAAUCCAGCAGAGCGACCCAGCACAGAACAGAUUCUACAGGCCAUCAAAGCUGGAGGUGAAAUCGAUGACAUACCUGUGAAUACCACAAGGACAGGAGGAGAGCAGUCUCCAGAUCUCAGAAACAUGAGUUCACGCAUCUCAUCAAUUGAUUCGCCUGCACCACAAAAAGUCACUCGAGCCAAUACCAUUCCGACUUCUAGACCAAGGAUAUCACGACUAGCGAAGCAUCACUCAGGCGAACUCGUACAUUCUAGAAGUCCACCACUACAGCCUCGUCGCUUCAGCAGGGAUAUUAGCGCAGGCACGAGUACUGAUACCAGUACUCCAUCACCACCAGAUGCCUCGACGCUUGCUUUUCGUGGUCGAGAUGUCGGCACACCACCACUUACCAAACAGCCUGGUCGACUUAUGCUUCCACCCCCACCACCCCUUCAAGCUCGCAGACUCACUACCCAUCUUUCACCUCUUCUAUGCUUCAAGGUUCUCCUUUUUGGUCUCAAACUCUUCUUGCUCAGUUAUCCUUGCGCACCAUUUGCUGCCAAGGCGUGGUUCCUGUAUUCGCUCAUGGGCCUUGCCAUUCUAGAUCUCACCGUUUUGAAGACAGGAACGAGAGAAAGCUUGCUGUUGAUGGCCCUGCAUGUGUUGAUUGUGGUCAUGGCGAGAAGGUGGAGUAUGCUGUGCAGUGGAAAUGGUUCGAGGUGGAAGGCUGAAGAUACUUUUGAGGCGCUUUGA